CAAGUUCCAGCAUCUUCCCUGAGCUCAGGUCAGGCCAUGGCGGUUCGUCUCGCGACGUCAUCGCCAUCACGUCCGUCGCUGAUCUCCAUCGUAAAUCGGAUAUCUACGUCAGAUACCGCUUUCGCCUUGUAUUCGUCUUCGUCCUCUUGGUGGUCAUCUCCGGAUGAUCUUACGGCGGGAUCGAAGAGACGGGAGAAGAAGACUAACGACCGUUUCUCCGCCGUGAUCGACGCAGUUCAUGACCGGAAACUCCCGCCGGAGCUACGCGGACGGCGCGAUUUCGUAAGGUCAGAGACUGACAUAAUCAACGUGGUCGAGCAAAGGAUAUGGCACUCAAUGGAAGAAGGCCAGUUUGAGAAUUUACCUGGUAAAGGCAAACCCUUGAACCUCCUCACAAAUCCUCAUGCAGACCCAGCGGAGGAUACAUUGUAUCGGAUUCUUAACAAGAACGGGUUUGCUCCCGAAUGGGUGGAACUCAACAAAGACAUAAGAAGCAAAGCAAAAGAAUGGAGAGUUUCACUUAAGAAAGCAUGGACUAUGAAACUGGAGGAUGACCAAUCUGGUUGGGAAGAGCAGUCAAAUUUGCUUAAAACGCAGUUGAAGCAAAUCAAUAACAUGGUUUUUAGGUAUAAUCUGAUUGUUCCUUUUGGCCGUCAAAUGUUUGGGUUGAAGUGGGAGAAAGAGAUUGAUCGCUUAAAAGAAUAACAUCUUUUGAUACCAAAAGGUUGGUCAGACUUCUAUGAACGCUCUCUGUUUUUGAGUUGUUAGUAUAUGUAUACGAGUCAGUAUGGCUCUUGGUUCUUUAGGUUAAGAAGAAUAAGAAACAUAAGUGCUUGAGUUGUUGUCAAACUAUGGUCAUGUAUGUUGUAUCCAUUACAAAUAUACAAAGAAAA